AUGACUUCAGUUCUUGCUUUGGUUUCUUACGAAUUUAAUUCUAUUAAUGUUCGUACUUUAUCCUGUGAUAUUACAAAUCCUCUUUGGGUAAGAUUGUUUGGGUAUGCAGGUGUAAACGUAUUGAUCGCUGUACCUGGAGUAUAUUGGAGUGGUCGAGUUGCCUGGAUAAUAUUUAAUCAUUCGGACCAAACUCUACAGACUUUUUCGGCAUUAGCAGUGUCACAAGAAAAAGAAAAUAAUAAUCUAUCUACAAUAUCUAUUA